AUGGAACUGUUGACACUCAGUGACAUGGCCUUUGAUUUCUCCCCAGAGGAGUGGGAAUUCCUGGAUGCUGCUCAGCAGAAUAUUUAUAGGGAUGUGAUGUUAGAGACUUAUGGAAACCUGGUCUCCCUAGGUUUUGCUGGCUCUAUGCCUAACAUGAUCACCUUUCUAGAGCAAAGAAGAGAGCCCUGCAAUGUGAAGAAACAAGAAACAUUAGCUGUAUACCUAGGAAGACAUCUCCAGCCCUGUGCUCAUCAUACUGUUAAAUCCUCUAAGAGUCCUCCUCCAGUUAUUUCAUAG